ACCUAAAGUCGAGCGAAAUAUUGAAUUGGAUUCGGAUUGUUUUGACAUGGAGUCGGGUAUUUUGAAGUGACACUGUUACAAUUUACAAACCCUUCUUUUUCAAUCGAUAAACGAACGAAAUUAGGGCAAAACAGAAAUGGACGAAGAGGAAAGAGGGCCAAAGCUGAGCAAGAGAUUCACAGACAACAAAGAUGGAGAAGUUGAUUACAAAACCAAAUCAGGCACAGCCUGGUCCCACAAUUUCCUCAAUCAAAAGCCAUGGCAUCCUCUCUCUUAUCCCAAUCAGCGUCGCAAGUGGAUCGCUGAGCAGACCCAUGCCCAACGUGAUCGGAGAGCUGAAGAAGUUGCUCGUGAGUAUGCUCAGGAGCAGGAGUUUUUUCGACAGACGGCUCUUGUUUCGAAGAAAGAGAAGGAGAAGAUGGAGAUGAUGAAAGCUGUCAGCUUUAUGUAUAUUCGCCCGCCUGGUUAUGAUCCAGAGAGCGCUAAAGCUGCAGAAAUUGCUGAAAAUACAAAGAAGCAGGAGGCAGACAACCCUUCUCAAGAUCCAGCAUCAAAUGCAGACUCUGCUGCAAUGCCUUCAGACUUACCUGCUGCAGCCGAAGAAAAGAAGAAAAAGAGGGUAAAAGACAUUUAUGGCCGUGCUUUACCAACAGAAGAACAGUUCGAUAUUUUAAAAAAUGCCCCAAGGAUGGACACAGGUAUGAUUGCACGAGCAAGACCAUUUGGAAUUGAAAUACGCAAUGUGAAGUGUUUAAGAUGUGGAAAUUAUGGACAUCAAAGCGGUGAUCGGGAAUGUCCGUUGAAGGACACUAUAAUGCCUAAUGAAGAGAGUCGACUUAAAAGAGAUGACCCAUUAACAGUAAUAUUGGAUCGCACUGAUGCAUCAGAGCCCUUGAAGUGGGAACUGAAGCAAAAGCCAGGUAUGAGUCCACCCCGUGGUGGAUUCGAUCCUGAUGAUCCGAACCAGCAGAUAGUUGCUGAAGAUAUAUUUGAUGAAUAUGGAGGAUUCUUAAGUGAGCAGAACAUACCUGAAUUAUUGGCCAACUUCUCCUCAAGCAAGUCUAAAAACAAGAAGUCGAGUAGCAAGAGGAAGCACAAAAGACUCACGUCACCCCAUAUUGCGGAGAUUAGAGAUCGCGAGGAAGAGAAAGUGUCUUCGGAUAGUGAUGGCAGAAGGAAGUCAAAGAAGAGGGAAGAAAAUAAGGCAGAAAAGAAACAGAAGCGAAAACUAUAUGAAGCAGAUAAACCAGAAGAUUCCGGAGUUAAUAGGCGACAUAGGAGCAGAAGCAAAAGACGGUAUCCAAGUUCUUCUGAAAGCACAGACUCCGACUUGAAACAUCGACAUAAACAGAGCAGAAGCAGAAGACACUCUUGUGAAAGUUCAUCUUCUGAUGAGAAACAUCGACAUAAACAGAGCAGGAGCAGUAGACAUCUAAGUUCAUUUGAAAGUUCAGAUUCCGAUGGGAAGCAUCAACAUAAACAGAGCAGAAGCAAAAGACAUCAUCCAAGUAAUUCUGAACUUUUAAAUUCUGGUCGGAAACAUAGACAUAAACAUAGCAGAAGUAAAAGACAUUAUUCAAGUCCUGAAACUUCAGAUUCCAUUGAUGAAUCUAGACAGUAAACAUCAUAAUCACCGAAGUUAUUACAGGCACCGUCAUCGACAACCAUCAGAAUCGUUAUCGGGAUAAUAUUUUACAUGAACAUUUUUCUCUUGUUUCGAUUUUGGCAAGGCAGAUAGAAUCCUAUAAUUUUCGUGUCCAAUUAAUUGAUCAAUCUAUGUAUUUCUUCUCAAGUUUUAGGUAACAUAAGCCCCUUUCUUUCUGAUCUCA